CACAAAGUUUUCCUGUUUGUUUUGUUUUAAACUAAACUGCUGGAUUAUUAGAUACACUUAGUUUAUAGGUAUAAAAUGAUCGACUGUUCCAUGAGUGUGUGUGUGUGUGUGUGUGUGUGUGAUGCGUAUUUUAUUAGACCCAAUCCAAAGGUGCAGAUACCCCAUAAUGCUACACAGACUUCUAGCCCUUUCUGUAUCAUUAUAGUUACAUUAUAAACCUAGAAAAUAACCAGUAUAAUGUUUAUCUCAUCACACCGUAGAUUAUCUUAAAAUUUCUUCACGUGCUCCUCGGGCGAAUCCGGUGUUUUGGAAACCUUCCGUCUGUGUAAACUGUGCAGUGCAGCUUUGUUCCAGCGCUACAGAAUCCUAUAGUAAUGUGGGGAGGAUAAAACAUACUACACUGUUUUGGUUUUAAAUACUUAAUUCUGAUUGGUCAGAUUCAUUCAUUAAAAAAAGGGUGUGGCUGGUGAUCUGUUGAAGCUUUUCAUGAGGAAAUGUGUAAUAUAUUUGGAAGGAGUCUCCAGUUUUAGUGCUUUUCUAAUAAGGUUUGUUUGUGUUUUUUCUGUAACAGGAUACGUUACAUUUUGGUCUAAAACUUUAAAAGAGCAAAAAAUCAAGAGGUUGGUGAGAUCAUGAUCCUUUAUAACUGGAAUAAUGUGGAUAAAUUGCUUCAGUGAUGUUCCACAAUAUUGGAUGCAACUCAACAACAACAACAAAAAAAGAUGUUCAUUAAUAAUUAAAAAUUCGACACCAAUUAGCCAUAACAUUAUGACCACCUGCCUAAUAUUGUUUUGGUCAUCCUUUUGCUGCCAAAACAGCCCUGACCUGUCGAGGCAUGGACUCUACUAGAUCCCUGAAGGUGUGCUGUGGUAUCUGGCACCAAGAUGUUAGCAGCAGAUCCUUUAAUGGAGAAGUUCACCUCCAGAACAAAAAUCUACAGAUAAUUUCUUCACCCCCUGGUCAUCCAAGAUGUUCAUGUCUUUCUUUCUUCAGUCGUAAAGAAAUGAUGUUUUUAAGAAAACAUUUCAGAAUUUUUCUCCAUAUAGUGGCCUUCAAUGGUGCCCGCGAGUUUGACCUUCCAAAAUGCAGUUUAAAUGCAGCUUCAAGGAGUAGUGUUUACGUUAGGUUAAUAUCUAUGCAUUGAAAAUAUAGUCAGUGAAUGUUUUUUGGGGAUUAAUUGCAGCUCAGCCUCUUUCCUGUACAGGCCUAUACAGUGUUUCUAUAUUAAUAUUAAAAGCCAUUUUGGAUUUUUAAAAGCCAAUUGGAUUCAUUAUUGGGGUUUGUAAAUUAACUGCUUAAUGUUCUACAUGAUGUCAUGAGGUCAUGUGAGGUCAUGUGAGGUCAUAUGAGGUCAUAUGACUGACCAUGUGUUAAAAAAACCAAAACAUUCCGAAUUCUGUUCUGAGCACCACCUGACGACGUACAUAGCAACCAUCCUCAGACCAGCUUUAGCUAUUGACAGAGAAACAGUGCCCCUUGUGUAGCAGAUAUUUACAGCAUUUAAUAGCGAUUUUACAUCAUUUAGCAGCAUUUUACAUCAUUUAGCAGCAUUUUACAUCAUUUAGCAGCAUUUCACAUCAUUUAGCAGCAUUUUACUUCAUUUAGCAGCAUUUUACUUCAUUUAGCAGCAUUUCACAUCAUUUAGCAGCAUUUUACUUCAUUUAGCAGCAUUUUACUUCAUUUAGCAUUUUACAUCAUUUAGCAGCAUUUUACUUCAUUUAGCAGCAUUUCACAUCAUUUAGCAGUUAUUUCAACAGAGUUUUAACUCUAUUAUACAAUGGCUGCACUGUUUGUUAAAGAUCUUCACCCUGAAGUAUCUGAGGUGAUACUUUCGAGUAGAUUUAGACCUGCAGGACACGUCCAGUCUGUCCACAUUUGUAGGGACAGGAAGACCGGCUCUCCUCUCGGAUAUGCGUACGUCAACUUUCGCUAUCGAGAUGACGCUGAGAGAGCCAUCAACAUGUUCAAUUUUGAACUGCUCCUGGGGAGACCCAUGCGCGUCAUGUGGUCUCACUGGGAACCCACCGCCAAGCCCAUCAAGGGAGGAAACAUUUUCAUUAAGAACCUUGAUUGGUCCAUUGACUGCACCUCCCUCUUCGACACUUUCUCUGUGUUUGGGAGGAUCGUGUCGUGCAAGGUUGUGGAAUCAAAACGUUACGGGUACAUUCAGUACGAGUCAGCGGAGGCGGCGGCGCUGGCCAUCGAACGGCUGAACGGGAAACUCCUGAACGACCGCCAAGUCACCAUCGAGUACUUCAGGUCUUGGGAGGAGCGCAAGCUGGAGGCGCGCAGGGCCGAGGAGCCCAAGGUGGAGGCGCGCAUGGCCGAGGAGCCCAAGGUGGAGGCGCGCAUGGCCGAGGAGCCCAAGUGGGAGGUGUGCAGGGCCAAGGAGGCCACGGCAGAGGUGUGCAGGGCCGAGAAGCCCAAGGCAGAGGUGUGCAGGGCCGAGAAGCCCAAGGCAGAGGUGCGCAGGGCCAGGGAGGCCAAGGCGGAUGUGUCCAAGGCCGAGGAGCCCAAGGCGGAGGUGUGCAAGGCCGGGGAGCCCAAGGCGGAGGUGCACAGGGCCAGGGAGGCCAAGGCGGAGGUGCGCAGGGCCGAGGAGCCCAAGGCGGAGGUGCGCAGGGCCGAGGAGCCCAAGGCGGAGGUGUGCAAGGCCGAGGAGCCCAAGGCGGAGUUGCACAGGGCUGAGGAGCCCAAGGCGGAGGUGUGCAAGGCCGAGGAGCCCAAGGCAGAGGUGCGCAAGGCCGAGGAGCCCAAGGCAGAGGUGCGCAGGGCCGAGAAGCCCAAGGCUGAGGUGCGCAGGGCCGAGGAGCCCAAGGCGGAGGUGCGCAGGGCCGAGGAGCCCAAGGCGGAGGUGCGGUGGAUAAAAUGGACGCCUUACUGCAGGCAAGAGAAGCUGGUGUCAUUCCGGAAAUCCUGA